AAAUCGUCGAGAGAAUCGUCUUUCGUCUCAUCAUUCGUCCGACUCGAGGGUGAUGGGUGAUUCCAUACAAGGCCCACGGGACUUUGAGAUGAAGAAUGCUUAUCCCAAUGUGACCUCGUGAUAAGACUUGUACCUGAAUUAUCAUCAUUAGAGAUUACUAUGGUUUUGAAGAUGAUCAAUUUAAUAAUAUUUACCUUGGCAACGUGUGAUAUCCUGUUCUCGGAAGUUGCCGCUUCCCCUGAACAGAAGCAGUUACUCGAGGACCUCUUCAUCAACUACAGGUAUAACAAGAUUGCAAGACCUGUACUGAAUGAAAGUAGUCGCAUCAACGUCACAGUCGAGCUCUAUGUCGGACAGAUCAAUGAUGUGAACGAAAAAUAUCAGACUUUGAGUACAAUGGUGUGGCUGACACAGAGAUGGCGCGAUGAGUACCUGAUGUGGGAACCCAGAGAGUAUAACAAUUUGACUGUUCUCCGUAUACCCGCCAGCAAAAUAUGGCUUCCUGAUACUGUACUCUAUAACACUCGGCAGUCAAACAACGACCAGCUCAUGACUGUCGAGACGCUGACCAUAGUCAAAAGCGACGGGUCCGUUGACUGGAGUGCCCCCCUCACCAUGAUCAGCGAAUGUGGUAUCAACGUGUACUACUAUCCCUUCGACCAGCAGGAGUGUACCCUGAAGAUGGGAUCGUGGCAACACGACAGGAAGUUCAUUGACUAUCUCGAUGGUGCUGCCGAUUCGGCGACUGAACAGCACAACGGAGAAUGGGACACCACCAGUAUCAAAGCUCAUAGCAAUAUCAAAGUGUACUCCUGUUGUCCGGACAAGGAGUACCCGGAUGUCACUUUCACCAUCAACAUUAGUCGGAAGCCCCUCUUCUACGUCGUCAACCUGAUCGUCCCGUGCGUCAUGAUAUCAAUGAUGUCGGUAUUGGAGUUCAUCCUCCCCUGUAACUCCGGGGAGAAGGUAUCGUUGGGGAUCACCGUUCUCUUGUCUCUGACUGUCUUCAUGCUCGUGAUCGCAGAGAACAUGCCGGCGACAAGCGACACUAUUCCGGUUCUUGCUCGAUACUACAUCAUCACGAUUUUCCUGGUGUCAUUCAGCACGGUCAUGACCGUUCUGGUUCUUAGCCUUCACCACCGCCGCUCACCAUUACCUCGUUGGGUUCGCCAUGUGUUUCUCCGUGUCCUCAGCAGUAUACUCUGCAUGAAGGUAGAGUCCUCCAAGAACGCAUCAGGAAGUCUGUACGGUCAACCGACCGGUCCUGCUGGCGUCCACAGCUCUGGGCUCCACUUCGAGCUUGUGCCGCAGAUCAGCAACAACGAGUCUCUAUCCGCUUCGGCAACGGAGUACGCCCUCAAGGAAGAGACACUGCUCGGGUCUGGAGACCUCUGCAAUGAUCUUGAUGGUGGCGGCCUCCACGGCCGUUCUGGAGGAACCACGGGGCUCGGAACAGGUGGUGGAGGUCGGGGGAACGGGAAAGGGGAGAGUGGCAGUUGCCAUCGUCCUUACAGCUGGAAGGAUCGUUCGUUCAUGGAUAUCCAGAAUAACGUCAAGUUCCUUGCUAGUCGGUACGCUGAUCGCGACCAAGAUGAACAGAUUACUUCAGAUUGGCAGAAUGUUGCAAGGGUGGUGGACCGUUUCUUCCUGAUUAUCUACAUAGUUUGUGUUGUUCUAAUGGAUGUUGUAAUGGUCCUUCAGGUUAAGUAGCAUAUUCGGUUAUCUGGUAAUGUACACUGUUUGAAUGUUCUCUUUUUCGCAAUAACAACCUUGUUGAGACGUUGCGUUAUUACCAUGGAUACCGUAUGACGUGUGGUGAUGUUUUGCAAAUUUUGGGUUUAAUCAAUGUCUCAGAAUUCAGUCACUAUGCAUACUGGUUAAUAACGUCUAUCUGCUUUUGUUAAAUUAAAACAUAUCAUAAACGAAAGUGUUUGAAAUAAUGACCAUUUAGGUGCAAGCAAACUGGCGAUUUACCUUUAGCAUGUUUUGUAAUCCCUAUUUUAAAAGCAAUGUCAUAGAAUGGUUUAUUCAUCAGUGAUAUAUUUCAACUAGUAAAUGAUGUUCGUUUUUUGUGCUAUACUCCCAAUAAAUCAUCACAUUUAUCAAAUUUAUUUUAAGUUAUUUUCGACCAACUUGAUCAUGAUAAACCAUUCUCAAGAAUGUCGUGGCGCAGCAGGUAAGUCCGAGGUUGAAGAUUCAAAACUAACUGGUUGUAAUUUUGAAUUACAUUUCCCUAUUUAUUUUCUCUUUUGAAAGUCUAAGAUUAGAAACCUAAAUCUAGGGGUAAAAAAGGGAUUCGUUUCCUAGCUUAUUUAGAGAUAUAUUAAUAAUAAUAUCCAUGCAUCAAAUAUCCACAAAUAGUUUAUAUUUCUUUCUUCAGAUCUUUGAAUGUCAGAUUUUUUUCUCUUCCGAAAUAACAUAAUCCUGAUAAGUAGACACUAAGUAAAGUGUAUUAUAACAAGGUUAUAUGUACUUAGGUGCAUCUAGUAAGCAUUUCGACUGAUUUUUGUGUUAUAAUAUUAUUUUGAAUAGAAUAGAUAGGCAUGCAGAAGCUGGGGUAGAUUAAAGAAAAUUUGUUUUCUAGAAUAACCAUCUGCGGGACGGAUUUUGUUAUAAUAAAAAAAUGAACAAUAUUGUUCUAGAUAGCUUUGCGGUGUUUUGUUUGAAACUGAUUUAAUUAUUUUUUUAAUUGAAUACCUGAACAAUGUUUGUUUCUUUAAUUCUGUGCUACACCCUACUUAUAACAUUCGAAUUCAGUGUCAAAAUGAUCAAUUGAAUUAAUUUGGUCCCUUUUCGAAUAUUGUUUUUUCAAUAGUGAAAUCGAAGAAAAACACAUGUCACCAGGAACUUGUAACAGUUUGCAUAAAAGUUUUUAAUUUUGGUCUAAUUUUUACUUGUGUAGAUAUGCUGAUAUACUGUUGUGUCGGUAGGCAGUGUACAUAAUUAUCAUACACAAUAAGACAUGUCUUUGAUCUACAAUGAUAUUUACUCAUAUACAUCAAUUCAUUGAAUAAAAAGAAAAUGAUGAUGAUGAUAGUAACAUAAUUAUAAUAAUGACAACGAUAUAAAUAAUAAUAAAAAAGGAAAUAAUAAAAUGUAUAAUGAUCUUGAUAAAAAUGAUAUUAAAAUGAAAGUAGCAAUAAUGAUGAUAAUAAUGAAAAUAAUGAAUGAUGUUUAUUUUGCGUCGUAAAUUUAUUAGGGAGCUUUGUUUUCACAACAUAGACCAUGGCGCGGGCUCUUCUCGAUUGACACUGCUUCUUUAAUUUAGUAUAUAGGUGAUAAAUCUAAAGCGUACUAAUAAUCAACCCCGAGACGCCCUUCCACUUGUAAACUCGAUUUAGCUCGAGCUGCCCCCGCACUUAGCGCAUUCGAUCGUGCAGGCUACCUAUUCAUAUUACCUGGGUUGAGUGCAACACGAUGUUGAUAAAAUGUUGUUUAAUGAAAUGAUAAAAUAUUUAAUCAUUUCUAUAUACCAUUAUUAUCAUCAUUGAUAUCACUGUGAAACGGAGGUCUACACCAAAUGGAUUUUCCAAUGAAUAUUAAUCUUGUGUAAACUAUUCUGAUUGUAUACAAAUGACGUUUUUUAUACAUUUUAUUUCAUAGUUUUUGUCAGAGGUCUGUAAUCUGGAUAUUGAUUUCAUUUGCAAUCACUCAACGUGGACAAUUUAAACACUGUAAUACAUUAUACUACAUGUACUUUAUGAAUACAAAAUGUUUAUUGCAAAGUCUGAUCAGUUUGUCGCGGACGGGUAAUGAUAACAUUUUGAAAAUUUGAAAGGCCUACACAAAAUGGGAUGAAAUGUGUUGCGUCGUUCUAUGUUUCAUUGCAAAGAAUAUCACGUAAAUAUUCAAAUGAUAGUGGAAUGUAUUGACUAUGGUUAGUGAUACUGAAUAAAAUUCAUAAAAUAUUAGAUGUCUAGAGAUAUGGGUCUCUACAUUUGUAAUUCCAUAGCACUUUUAAACAAAUACAAUAUCAAUAGUACACAUGUACGCGUGCUUCCAUGCAACAGAAAUAUAAAAUUGUUGAUUGUAUUGGUACAUGUAUUUAUUCAUAUAAACCACACAUGGGAGCAUAAAUGCUGAAUUACAUGGAAUUUUAAAAACAAUGCACUAGCUAAUUCAUAUAUCAAUAAAAUUGAUUUAUACAUGUAUAUUUGAA